GAUUAAUAAAUAACGUAGAGAGAGAGAGAGAGAGAGAGAGAGGUUAUUGAGACUUUUCUCUCUCUUGUCGACUGUGUGUUUGAAGCCCCGAUUUAGAGAACGAGAGAGAGAGAGAGAGAGAGAGAGAGAGAGAGAGUAUUGUUGACGGAGAAGGAUGAAGGAAGACGAUGUGAGUUCGCGAAACGUAAACCCUAGAAGCAACCGGAACAGUGUAGCAUCGGCUUCUGCUUCCGCCUCUGCAGCUCCCGUUGACAGUCUCCGACGACGCGCCAGAUCGCCUUCUCCCCCUCAGACUGCUGCCGCCAGCUCUGUGGGAGCAUCUUCUCCUGCUGUUCCGGUGAACGCUGGCAGUGUGGAUUGGACAGGCCACGGGCUUGGAUCCUCGGGGCGUUCGUGUAGGCCUUGGGAUAGAGGAGAUUUACUUCGACGCCUUGCCACUUUCAAGCCUUCUAAUUGGCUUGGCAAACCCAAAACGGCUAGUUCUUUGGCUUGUGCUCAGAAAGGAUGGGUAAGUAUUGACCUGGACAAAAUUCAAUGCGAGUACUGUGGAUCCAGUCUGCAUUACUCUCCCCCACAACAUCAGCUGAAUCAUCCCCAAGCUGAUAGCAGCAGGGAAGAAUUCUCCAAGAAGCUUGAUGACGCACAUGAGGGCUCUUGUCCUUGGAUAGGAAAUUGCUGUCCAGAAAGCUUAGUUCAGUUUCCUCCAACUCCUCCAUCAGCCUUGAUUGGAGGUUACAAGGAUCGUUGUGAUGGGCUCCUACAAUUCUAUUCUCUUCCCAUCGUUUCGGUGUCUGCAAUUGACCAGAUGCGUGCGUCAAGACGACUGCAAAUUGACCACCUUUUGGCACAACCCCAAGUCUAUGCCCAUGAUGAUCCCAGUUUAAGAAUGGAUAAUAUCUUAGCCGCAGAAACGUCCAAACAAGAGGCUCUCAGUAAUUACUCCCGCGCUCAAAAGCUGAUAAGCCUAUGUGGAUGGGAGCCUAGAUGGCUUCCAAACAUCCAAGAUUGUGAAGAACACUCGGCCCAAUCAGCUAGAAAUGGGUGCCCUUCAGGUCCAUCUAGAAAUCAAAGUCGUUUUCAAGAUCCUGGUCCAAGCAGAAAACAGUUAUCGGCUUCAUCCCGAAAAGCCUCCGGAAAUUAUGAAGUUUUGGGUCCAGAAUAUAAAUCAGAAUCCAGAUCACCUUUGCUGGAUUGUAGUUUAUGCGGUGUAACCAUCAGAAUUUGGGAUUUCCUGACCACUUCUCGGCCAGUUCCACUUGCGCCUAUCAAUGCUAAUCUUCCCGAAACAAGCAAGAAAACGGCACUGACACGUGGAAAUAGUGCAACAAGUGGAGUCAAUGGAUGGUUUGCUAAUGAAGGCAUGGAACAGCAGCAAAACGAAGAUGUUGACGAGGCUGAAACAUCAGUUAAGAGGAGAAUAGCAUCAAACGCAGGUAUAAGCUUCUAUCAAAGUGCCGCUGGUGCAUCAUCCUCUGCGCAGCUGAACAUGUCUGUGACACGUGAUAAUUACCAAUUCAGCGAUAGAGGAAAGGAAAUUCUGCUAAGGCAGCCAUCAGGAAGUGAGGUGGGUGAUCGUGCUGCUUCGUAUGAGUCACGAGGGCCAAGUACUCGUAAGCGGAACCUGGAGGAUGGUGGAAGCACGGCUGAUAGGCCUUAUCUACGAGUACAACAUGCAGACAGUGUUGAAGGAACUGUUGUUGACCGUGAUGGUGAUGAGGUUAAUGACGAUUCAGCAGGGCCUUCAAAGCGUAGCCGAGGCUCUGAAGUGCAUGAAACUUAUCUUCCCUCUUAUGGGAGAGAGUUAUCAGUGGGUGGGCCAAGUCACUCAGUGGAUGCUGAAAACGAGAGGGAAGUAAAUAGAAGUGACCCGUUUAGUGAAGGAAAUGAACAAGCUAUGGCUUUCCCAGGUGCCAGAGACUCCGCACGUGCUUCCUCUGUCAUUGCGAUGGAUACAAUUUGCCACAGUGCCAAUGAUGAUUCUAUGGAAAGUGUGGAAAACCAACCAGGGGAUUUUGGUGACGUAAAUUAUCCCCCUGCGGCGACAGGUCAAAGUGCCGAUCCUUCUGAACUGAAUUUCAGCAAUCAAGCUCAGCAGAGUGCAUGCUUCCAACUAGCUCCUGUUCGGUCUAACGCUGAAGCAGGCAUUAGCAGCAUAAAUGACGGCGAGGAAGUAAUGAACACAGAGACUGUCACAGCUCAGGGAAGAGAUGGACCGAGUAUAGGCGUCAGUGGGGGUAGUGUCGGAAUGGGUGCAAGUCACGAGGCAGAGAUCCACGGAGCUGACCUUUCAGUCCAUAGGGGAGAUAGCGUUGUAGGGGACAUGGAACCUGUUGCGGAAGUCAUAGAAAAUCUAGGACAAAGCGGUGAAUUUGCACCAGACCAAGGCGUUACUGAUGAUUUUAUUCCUGAAGAAAUGGACCGGGAAGGUAGGCUUGGGGAUAUUCAGGAUAGGGUGUCUCAGUCCGUUGCGAGGGCGGACAGUGGCUCUAAAAUCGUUGAUUCACUGAAGGCUGAGUCUGUUGAAAGCGGCGAGAAGAUGAGCAACGUUAAUGCGUUGAUGAACGAAGAUAGUGUUCACCCAUCAUUGUCGUGCAAUGCGAUUGUGUGUUCUGGUUUUGAAGCAUCUAAAGAAGAAGUGACCCAGACGUGGAACGAGUCUCCGCUCAACGCUGGCUUUGCGCUCCCUGGAUCAAGUUACACUGCUAAUGACCAAGGGCCGCCGAACGGAGAUAGCAACGAUGAAAUUGUGGAGUUUGAUCCAAUAAAGUAUCACAACUGCUACUGCCCUUGGGUAAAUGAAAAUGUGGCUGCUGCUGGAUGUAGCAGCAACAGCUCGAGCUCUUCAAGUAUCGCUGAGGCGCUUUGUGGAUGGCAAUUAACUCUUGAUGCCCUUGAUUCGUUCCAGUCACUCGAGAAUGCUCAAAUCCAGCCAAUGGAAUCAGAAUCAGCUGCAUCUCUCUGCAAGGAUGAUCACCGAACUCCUUCCCAGAAGCUCUUGAAACGCCACUCUUUCAUCAGCAGACAUGGGAAAAAAUAAUAAAUUUACUUGCAAGGUACUGUUGCAAAAAAAAAAAUCUCGAUAUAUAUAGACCAGUAUGAUCACUGGUUAGGUUCUUUAGCUUGGGUUUAUUCUCUUAGCAGUAUAAAAUAAAAGAACUCUGCAUAACGUCUCGGAUCUGCAACCUUUGUUUUUAAGUUUGUGUAGUAGUAAAGUUAAAGAUGCUUAAACAGAGGUGAGAGGAUGAUACUCAUAAUCUUUAUAUUUAAUUCUUGUUUCUAGUUAUGUUUCUCCCUGCUU